UUGCAAACAAAGAGAAUUAAUUUGAUAUCACCCACAUAAAUGAACGACAAAAAAAUCUCCUUUCAUGACACACCAAGGUAGGACAGCCAUAUUGUGUUGUGACCUCAUUCACAGCACAAGGGAGGCGUUCACUCCUCCUAACACUCAGAGAUUUUUGGACACUCUUGGAGUCCCCUUUGUCUUGUGUGACCACCAUGCCCGUUUACACAGUGACUGUGUCUACAGGGAGCCAGUGGUUCGCAGGUACAGACGACUACAUCUACAUCACACUGAUUGGCACGGAGCACUGCAGUGAGCGGACGCUGCUGGAUAAACCUCUCUACGAUGACUUUGAGAGGGGGGCGGUGGACGCUUAUGACGUGAGGGUCGGUGAGGACCUGGGUGAUAUUGUGUUGGUGAAGAUUGAGAAGAACAAGUACUGGUUGCAUGACGACUGGUACUGCAGGUACAUCACAGUCAAGACCCCGUCUGGAGACUACAUUGAGUUCCCCUGCUUCUGCUGGCUGGUGGGCGACAAGGAGGUGGUGCUGCGGGAUGGAAGAGCACAUCUGCCUCAGGAUGAUAAGAUCAGCUUGUUGAAGCAGCACAGACUAAAAGAGCUGGACAUGAGGAGGAAAACCUACAGGUGGAAGGAGUGGCAGCCAGGCUUUCCAUUGAGCAUAGAUGCUAACAGACACAGCGAAUUGCCCCUGGACAUCCAGUUUGACAGUGAGAAGGGAGUGGAUUUUAUUCUGAACUACAGUAAGGCAAUAGAGAACCUGUGUGUGAACAGUUUCAUGCACAUGUUCCAGUCUUCCUGGAGCGACAUAGGAGACUUUGAGAAAAUCUUUGUCAGAAUCAAAAACACGAUCUCAGAGUAUGUGAUGCAACACUGGAAGGAGGACUUCAUGUUCGGGUACCAGUUCCUGAAUGGUUGCAACCCCGUAUUGAUCCGAAAGUGCACAAAACUUCCCGACAAUUUUCCUGUCACUCAUGAGAUGGUUUCUGUCAGUCUGGAGAGAGAGAUGACUCUGGACGAGGAAAUAGAGGCAGGUAAUGUCUACAUAGUGGACUAUGAGAUGUUAGACGGCAUCAGUGCAAACGCCACUGACCCCUGCACACUGCAGUACCUGGCAGCUCCCAUCUGUCUGCUAUACAAGAACGCUAAGAACAAGAUCCUGCCCAUAGCCAUACAGCUGGGUCAGACUCCAGGUGAGGAUACGCCGAUCUUCCUGCCCACUGACGGUGAGUACGAUUGGCUGCUGGCUAAGGUCUGGGUCCGUUCAGCUGACUUCCAGUACCACCAGACAGUCACACACCUGCUCAAGACUCAUCUGAUAACGGAGGUGUUUGCUAUCGCCAUGUACAGGCAGCUCCCUGCAGUUCACCCGGUGUAUAAGCUUCUUGUCCCACACAUUCGUUUCACCAUCGCCAUCAACACCAAGGCCAGAGAGCAGCUCAUCUGUAAGUGUGGCAUCUUUGACAAGGCAAACGCAACAGGUGGAGGUGGUCACGUCCAGCUGAUUCAAAAGGCCAUGAAGUCUCUGACCUUCAGGUCUCUGUGCUUCCCGGAUAUGAUCAAGUCCCGCGGCGUGGACAAGAAGGAUGAUCUGCCGACAUAUUUCUACAGAGACGACGGCUACAGGGUGUGGGAAGCCACAAAGAGCUUUGUGUCCGAUGUGGUGCACAUCUACUACACCAGCGAUGAGAUGAUACAGGAAGAUGAAGAAAUCCAGGCCUUCAUCAAAGACGUGUGCAGCUUCGGUAUGCAGGACUUUGACCACUGUGAGUUUCCAAAGUCCCUGAAAUCACGCGUGGAGCUGGUGGAGUAUCUGACCGUUGUCGUGUUCACCGCUUCAGCACAACAUGCAGCUGUCAACUUCGGACAGUACGACUGGUGUUCCUGGAUCCCCAACGCUCCAUCUACUAUGCGAAAACCCCCGCCCAACCAGAAGGGUUUAGCUGAUGUGAACUUGAUCAUUGAGAGCCUCCCUGAUCGUGGCCGCUCCAGCUGGCACCUCGGGGCCGUCUGGGCCCUCAGCCAGUACCAGGAGAACGAGCUGUACCUGGGCAUGUAUCUUGAUGAGCACUUCAUAGAGAAGCGAGUGAAGGCGGCCAUGGAGAAGUUCAAGAAGGAGCUGGCAGAAAUAACCAGCACCAUCAAGAAGAGGAACGAGGGGAAGAAGCUGCCUUACUACAACAUGUCUCCUGAUAAAAUCCCAAACAGUGUUGCAGUGUGAGCUAUAGAAACCACUUUCUGGGGUGUUGGGGUCGCCACGUUUUCUUCUCUGUACUUUGUAAGAGACAGCAGAUGUUAACGAGCUCUUCAGAUUUGCUUUUUAAAUUGAACUUGAUACGUCCAUAUAUUUAAAUGUUGCUUAAUUGCAAACUGUUUUCACUUAAUCAUUUCUUUUUGUCUUUUGGAAACCCUGGUUAAAAUCUGAGUCAAAUGCAUGUGAAAAUUAAAAUGUUUUCAUCGGU